GCCUCUUCCACUCUGAACAGCAGAGGAGGAGACGCGACAGAGAGUAACUGUCUCUCCAAGAAUGCCAUCUUUCUGUCGAGCCUGUUGGAGCGCGAACAGGUACCUUUUCCUCUGCUUUUGAAUAUAGUUGGUCGGCCAGCGCCGGGUCUUCCUUUCAAGUCCUUGUCCAGGCCUUGAACGAUGAGCGAGGAGAAGCCGAGUUUGCAGCUGGAGGCUGCAAUCCAGAAACUAGAGGACACGGUGCUUCAUCCCAGAGCAAGCCAUGAUGAUAAAGCUUUGACUGUGAGAGGUGAAGGACAGAUUGCUGCACCCACAACUAUCCCAGCCAGGAUUCGACAGAUCAUCACACAGAGUUUGUCUGAGCCGUCAUCCCAAGCUUUGACAGGAACAGCUCUUUCAGUCAAUAUGCAAGAAGAAAACUGCCUUUUGCAGAAAGAGCUCUCACGCCUUGAGGACCUGUUGGCCUACACUCGUGCAGAGAAGGAUGAGCUGGCUAGCAAAUACCAUGCCGUUAAUGAGAGGCUGGAGCAAGCACUGCGAGGAGAAAUGGAAGGAAGCACCCUGUUCCUGCAGAUGAGGCAGCAGUUUAAAGAGGAUGAGAAGGUGUACAAGCGCAAGCUGCAAGCUUUCCAAGAUGGGCAGCAGCGCCAGGCUCAGCUAGUGCAGAAGAUGCAGAAUAAGAUGUUGCAGUACAAGAAAAGAUGCGGAGAACUGGAGCAGCAACUGCUGGAAAAAACGUCUGAGUGUGAGCAUCAAAAGCAGACGCUGCAGACAAGGUUAGACUCUACAGAGUCACGUUUACACCGCUUUGAACAUGAUCAUAGCACAGAGCUGGAGAGCACCCUCCUCGGCCUUGAAGAAGAACAGCAAAGAAGCACCAGCCUUUCCAAGAUGAACACUCUGCUUCGGGAACAGCUGGACCAAAUGAAAUCCUCAAAACAUAGACUAGCAGGGGAGCUAGAGAGGGCAGUGGCUGAUGUGCAGAGGCUGAAGAGUGAACUGGAACAGAAGGAGUCUCAGUGGCACAAGGGCAAAGAGAAUUAUGGUUCAUAUUUAAGCAAUGAGCACAGUGGGAUCCUCCUGCUAUGGCGUCAAGCUGCAACACUCCGUGGCAACUUCACAGAACUGCACACAACAGUGGAGAGAGGUCUUGCUGAGGUGGGAACUGACAUGGCUAGAGUUGCGCGCCGCCUUCAGACUGCCUGUCUCAAUUUGGAUUCCAACCUGCGUCUCUCUGAGAGUAGCACUGCCUCUUUGCUAGAGAAGCAGCUUCGGGAAAAAGUCCGUGAAAUGAUUCAGCUGCAAAGCCGCUGGGACGGAGAAAAGGCUGAACUAAACGCCAGGAUUACAGAGCUGACCACUUUAGGAGAAAAACAAAAAGAACAGAACACAAAGAAAGAGAAGACCAUCUCUGCCCUAAAAAUGGACAUUCAGAAAUUGGAGGCCAGUAAGACUGGAGAUCUAGAAGAGAUGAAGAACCUGAAAGAGGACAUUGCAUCUUUGCAACAUAGCUUGAACAGCAUCACAAAGUUAGCUCUUUCUAGGAACAUAGGGCCCAGCUCUGUAGAAGGUGUCAAAGCUUCAUCAGAGGAAGACACCAUGUGGCAGACUUCUCUGUGCUCUAGCUCUCCUCACCAUAAGUGGGCAUCACCACACCCAUCUUCAUAUCAACAUGCAGCAUUGCAAGCAGUACAGGCUGCUAUCCAGAAGUCACAGCACCGUGAGCAGGAGUUGCAUGUGCAGCUGGCCUCUUGCCGGGAUGCCCUGGGAUCUGUCAAGAAGCAGCUUUCAGACUGCCAGCAGGAAGCGAAGGCAGCAAAACAGCAGCUGCAGGAACAGAGACAGGAAUGUGAAGAGCUGACUGGGAUGUUGGAGGACUUCAGGCGGGAACUGCAGCGCUGGAAGGCCUCUGUUGAGGUUCUGGGAAGAGAAAAGGAGGCCUUGGAGAUGACAGCGGAAACCCAGACUCAGCAGCUUGAUUCUUCCCAUCUGGAAAUGGAGCGGCUGAAAACUAUGAAUGGAGAGCUCCAGAGACAGCGAAAACUCCUGGAGGAACAGAAGGAGGAAGUGGUCAAAGAAAGGGAGAGAAUGAGGAAGGAGCUGGAGAGGGGGCAAAGAUCCCUGGAACAGCUUGAAGAAAAGAUGUCAGCCCUGAAGAAAGAGCUGGUGACUGUCAAGGAGUCUCUGAACCAGACCAUACUGGAGAAAGAUGUGCUACAGAGUGCUAAGGAUGGUUUGAAUGGAGCGCUUUCCAAAGUUGAAGCUGCCAACACUGAGCUUGAGCUCUCAAUACAUAAGAUGAAAUCAGAAGGUGCUGAACUGAGGGACUCACUAGCCAAGAUGGGGGCUUUGAAUGAAGGGUUGGCUCAAGACAAAAUCAGCCUCAACCGCAUAGUCCUACAGCUUGAAGAAGAAAAGAGCAGGCUGCUGAGCAGGAAGCGGGAGCUGGAACAAGAGCAUACUGUCUGGCGUGAGCAGCUUGCACACUUAGAGCAGGAGCUCAUGUGCAUGAGGGCAGAGAAGCAAGGGCUAGAACAGAGCUGCCAGACCUCAGAAGAGAAGCAAGAGUAUCUGGAAGGAGAAAUGGCCUUGUUGCGCAGGGAGAGGGUCCAGUUACAGGACCACAUAAUGCAGCUGAACAGCCAGAAGCAAACGCUUAGUGAGCAGCUGAGCCAGAGUCACCAAGAAAUGGAGGUGCAAGCCGAAUCCUUACUCUCUGCCCUACAGGAGAAGGAAGAGAUGGCUAAGGAAAAGGCACAGCUGGCUGUGGAGCUCACUGCAUUGGAAAGAAACAGGAAGUUGUUAACAGAGGAGGUAGACACUCUCAGGGCAGAGAAAGAAUCCCUGGAAACCAGCCUUUUUGAAGCUCAAGAAGUGGCAGCCCAGCUGGAGGCUCGCACGGAGCAACUAGAAGGAGAGAAAAAAAGCAUUGAUGUUUCUAGGAAGACACUCCAAGUGGAACUGGAAAGUGCUCGCCAUGAACUUGAGCUCCAGGAAACCAAACUGAGGAAAGAGGUAGACAUGUUGAAACAUCAGCUGACUCAGACAGAACACAAAUGGCAGCUGACGAUCAAGAACCACAAGCUGAGUUUUGAAGAGGAUCUUGGGCACAUCAGAAAAGAGAAGGAAACCCUGCGUUUGGCGCUGAUUGAGGAGAAGGAUGAGGCUGUGAACCAUCUCCAGCAAGAGAAAGAAGAACUCACGUCCAAGUAUGAAACUGAGAAGAGGGAGCUAAUGGAGGAAAUCCUCACUUUGCAGCAGAAUCGGGAGGAAAGCCUCCUCCUGCUAGAGAAUGAAAAACAAAAGGCUGUGUCCCAGAAGGAAGCAGAGAAGAAUCUCAUUUUAGAGAAGCUCAGUGAGUUGCAGCGAGAACUCACAGCUGCCAGGUCGGAGAUAGACCAGGUGAAACUGGAGGCUCUGAACCGUCAGGAGCAGGAUAAGAACACAGUGGCCAGCAUCACUAGUGAACUACGGACCUUCCAGGCUCAAUUUGAGGAUGCAAUGGCUGCCCACCAGAAAGAAGUCAAACGCUUGAAUGAACAUAUAAAAGAACUGGCAAGAGAAAAGGAACUUGUUGGGAGGGAGGCAGAGCAACUGAAAGCAAAACUACGGCUGGCAGAGGAAACCCAUGCAGGGGUUUGCAAAGAACUGGUCGAGCUUCACCACAAGCUGCAGGAGACAGAGGAAUCCUGUGAUCACCAACAGAAGGAGCUGCAGGAAAUUCACAGGGCCAUGGCAGAUGAGAGCAGAGAAAAAGAAGCACUACAGAAGUCCAACACUGAUCUCAGAGCAGCAAUUAGGAAGGCAGAGAAUGAGAGACUCAGUUUGCAGAGGACCAAGGAGGAAAAGGAGCAGAAGAUUGCUGUUCUGGAGGAAGCAAAGGCAGCGGUGGAGGGAGAGUUGGGAGAGCUCAGAGCAAAUCUACGUGAAGUGGAAAAGUCCCGCAUGGAAGGCCGAAGGGAGCUACAGGAGCUGCGCAGACAGGUGAAGGCCCUGGAGAGUGAGAGGAGCAAGAGUGCCCAGGAAAUCAAUGACCUGCAACAUCGGUUGCUGGAGGAAGAAAAGCAGGAACAGCAGUGCAGUAAAGAAGCCCUGGAACUGAAGCAGAAGAUCACUGCCCUGGAAAUAGCUCAUGAAUCUGCUCACAAGGAGGUGUUGAGCUUGCAGAAGAAGCUGUCUGCCACAGAAGCAGAGGCUCGCCUUCGGCAACAGGAUUUGACCCAGAACCUUGCUGAGAGCUUUGGCAGAGAAAAGAAGAUGAAGGAUGAUCUCCAUAGCUUGGAGAUGAAGCUGCAGGAAGCCAAUAGGGUGACUGAGAAUCUCCAGAUGCGCCUCAGCACUUGUGAGGGUCGCGCCCGUGGCUUAGAAACAGAGCUGGUCAAAGCUGAGGCAGCCAAGAGGGAGGUUGAGCAGAAGUUGGUAGCACUGCACUCUACUUUACGGCGCACGCUGGGGCUCGGCAGCAGGACUCCCUCUCCACAAAGAACCACUUCUCCAUUCAAAGGACUCAGUGGCCGACAAACCCCAGCCUCUCGAACAGGGUCUCCUGAAAGGAGCCGUUCACAUUCUCCAUUUCACCAAACUUCACCUUCCAGAAGUGAGCAAACUACAAGUGAAAUUGACCCAGAGGUAGUUCGUGAUGCUUUAAGGGACUUUCUUCAGGAACUGCGGGACACUCAGAGAGAGAGGGAUGAUCUAAGAAUUCAGGUGAUGAAUAUGAGCCAUAAGAUGAAUGAAAUGGAAUCUGAUCAUGACCGGACUAAGAGCCGUAUCCUGCAACUCCAAAAAUUUUUAGCAGACUGCGAGGAAGGCAAACGGGGAGUAGAUGGCCAUCUAAGCAGUGCACAGGCAGCAUUGAUGCUACAAGAGGAGACAAUUCGCAAAGCAGAAAAGGAGCGACAGGCAUUCAAAGAACAGUUGGCCACUUUGGAGCACAGUUUGCAUGUUUCUCAGAUAAAGAACAGGGAAUUACAGGAGAAAGUCAAUAAAUUGAAAGCCAAGGAGACUAAGCUAGAGACAGAGAAGAGGAAGCUGAAGGAAGUGCUGGAGGCAGCAGAGGGUCGUGCCACCAAGCUGGAACUGAACCAAAGGACUGUGGAAGGAGAGCUGCAGCGAGCCCAACUCAACCUGGCUGAGAGGGAUACCGAGAUCCAGUCCCUGCAGGAGCAGAUCCGAGUACAUCGCUGCCAGCUGGGAGAUGGAGAGAGCAAAAGAGCACUGUUGCAGCAGGAACUUGACCACCUAACCCACUCACUAGCCAGGACAGAAGGCACAGAGAGCCACCUAAAGGACCGGGUGCAGAGCUUGUCUCAAGCACUGUCUGAUGCUACUGCUGGCUCUUCUUCUCUGCAGGAGAACAUCUCACAGCUCCAGAAAGCCCUGACAGCUGCAGAGCAAGACCGUCGUCUCCUUCAGGAUCGCCUGGACUCUAUGCGGCAAACCUUGUCAGAUAGCAAGAGGCAGAACCAUAACUUAACUGACACAGUCCAUUUGUUGCAAGAUCAACUGGGUGAGAUGGAGCUGAGAUGUAGAAACCUGGAAGAGCAGAUAGAACAUCUCCGAGAUGAAAAGCAAGAGAAAUUCAGGAAGGAAAGUGACACCUUCAGGCUGAGUCAGAGGAGAGAGCAACUGGACCAGUCUCUGAGCAGUUUGCAGCAAGAACUGGAAGACACUCUGAGGCAAAAUGAACAUCUGAAGGCCCAGAUUGCAGACCAGGAACAGACUCAUGCUCAGCGUCUGAUGGAGCUAACAUCCCGACAUCAGCUGGACAUAAAGCUGGAAACAGAAAGGCUGCACAGUGCCCAGCUCCAAACUGAACGAAUGGUAGAGUCCCGCGAGAAGACCCAUCGGCAAAAAAUAAAAAGCCUGGAGGAGCAGGUCAAUGCUCUGAAAGUGCAGCUGGAUCAAGAAGUGAGAAGAAGACAAGCAUACAUGAACCAGAUGCUUCACAUAGGGAAAUGAUUCAAAAAAAAUUGUUGUGCUCUGACCUGAGAUAAACAAACAGUAAACCACUAGCCCUGAAUGGGAACCUUGCAGCUCAGUCACUGGAUUUAUCAGUCUCUUGCACUGAAAGCAUACAACUGAUUCAUGAUCACAGAAACCUGGCCUCCAGGUUUUGCAAGUAGAGUUCCUCAUCCCAUUGAGAUAGCACAUAGCACUGAAUGAACACUUGGAAGGCACAGCAAAACCAACAGAUUACUAGGCAGCAUGCUGCCAAGAGGAAACCCUGCUGUGAUGACAGCUGUUCUCUCUAAGAUGCUUGAAACCCAAGGCACUGAUGCUUAACAAAUUAAUUUAGGCUAUUUGACAAGGAGAGGAUUCUCAGUUGCUUGGCUCCCUGGGUAGUGUAUCCCUGCAUGAUCUCUGUAGGGUUUUGUAUGAACUGUAAAAUUCUGUCUUACCUAUCCUUUAAAUACCUCUGCAUUUCCAUAAUUCAUUGGAUUAUUUUAUUCUCCCUGUUGAUUAGAAGUGUUGUUGUCCAAUACUUUUUGGUACAUCACACAAUAUCACAACCAUAUCCUCUUAAUAUGGCAAUGGACAAAGUAGCUAUUUGGUUGUCAUCACUCAGCCAGUGUCAUCACAGGUUCAUACAUCAUGUGCCCUUCUAGAAACAGAGGAGUCCAGUAUUUCUGAAGGCACCAAAAUUGUGCUAUCCUAUAUGGAGAAGUUAGAAAGCAAAGUAUGCCCAUGUUGUGGGACUGAUCAAAUCUUUUGCUGUGUCUGUGAACAUCAAGCCAUUUUCAUGGUGGCAGGUGGCUGAGAUUAACUCAAAGCCAAGUCAUCUUAUGACUUGCUGGCCCCAAGAUACAUCAGAGUGUUAACAUUCAACAUUCCACCCACUCUGCCGGCUGACAGGCUCCAAGGAAAUCCCUUUAGGAAUCAAACUUUGGUUUCCUUGGUGAUGACAGGAAACCAUCCUGAAGUUGCUGUGAACAUCACCUGUUAGCAUUGUUCCACAUUUUUUCCUUGUGAAUGCUUGUUUUUUCUGAACAUGUAGUGCACAUUUUUGAAAUAAAAACAUUUC